CCAGCUACUAUGGGGGCGUGUGGCGGGAACUUGACAGAUACAGACGGCUUCAUCUACUCACCUGGUUUCCCUGGCAACUACACCAAACACGUGACGUGCACGUGGACAAUCACAGUGCCCGAAUAUCACGUGAUCGAUCUAGAGUUCACCAUGCUCCAACUGUCGGAUGGUGACGUCAUCGCGAUGGAGGAUCCAGCCGCUGGAUUCAGGACUACCUUCACGGGUGACGUCAUACCGGAAGUCGGAAUCACCUGUGCCGAAACGUUACACAUCUCCUUCCGGUCUGCGUCAAGUAAGACAGGGCGUGGAUUCGUUAUGACAUAUCAAGCUCUUAACCGGACCACUGUGUAUAACGAGUCAGCUGAGUGGCGGGAAGCGUGCUGGCCACCGAAAGACGAUCUUCUCAUAGAACCGCACACCCACCAAGACUUCAAUACCAACUGGGUGCUGAUCAUAGGGAUAGCAGUCGGCGCAGGCGUAGUAGUGCUCGUGCUUUGUACAAUAAUGUUGGCUGUCGUUCUCACCAAAAGAAAACAACAGAACAACAGACAACAGGUGGUCGAGAUGCCAGACGUCGUCUUUGAGAACAAGAACACCACCUUGGGCUUAGAAGCGCGCACGCGCACUCGUCCCUUCGCGCACUCGUCAGAAAACGUCUACGAGAUCCCGACACCCUCCCCCAACGCGUUUUACGAGUCGCCGAGCAGCGACGACGGUUCAGGAACGCCGCCUGGCGGAAAUGAGUACGAGAGCAGUCUACAUUUCCUGCAGGGCCUGAGGGAAAGCUGGCCGCCACCGCCGCCUGCUCACGACCUGCCCUGAUGACGUAACCUUAAUUAGCGUCGAUCGUCAGACUUUUAUUGAAUUUUUGAAAUGCGUAGAAAGAGAAUCACUGUGAUAUUAUACAGGGCUCCCUUGAAAAUCAGUCUGCUGACUGAAGGGACCACCCCAUAAGAUCAAUAUAUAAAAAAUA